UCAUUAUGGCACUCUCAAGCGUCGUCACUCUUUGCAUCUAACUUUUUGAAGUCAUUCCUUUAAUUACACUCCUUUGAAUUAUACUACAUAUCGAAUAUUUUGUCUCUCCUUUCUUUUUCGCCUCUAUUUCCUUCCACCAAGACCUACGCCAUGAUGAAAACACAAUGGUCGUUUCCCAGAGUGGCCGCUCUACAAAUACUUUCUUUUGGCUUUGUGGGCCAGGUAAUUGCCCAGUUUUGUGCCGCGGACUAUCCGCCUUCAGUAUCGACCGCAGGUGCCACAACAACAACAUUUGGGCCAGUGCUUGCACCGGAGAUUGACACAUCUGACCCGGCGAAUCUGAUUCCAGCCGCAAAUAUCUCUCUCUACUAUGGACCAUCUGAUACUGAUGCCGGCGACUCUUCCUUUGCCGUCACUUCUGGCUCUGUUAACAUGAAUCUGGAAUUCUCCCACGAUGCCGUGGUAUUGGAGUAUAUCGAGUCUAUCAAGAGUGUCCAGUGCUCCGAUGGUUCCGUGAUUGUGGCCUUUAAAAGCUUAGCUGGAUUUGAAACAGCCUUUCAGUCUUGGUCAUUGCGAGAGAGUCUUAUCUUGAUCACCAACCAUCUUGGCAAUUGUGAUGUUGAGUUUGAGAGAGGGUUCUUCAAAGUUGAUAACCUCAUUCCAAACCAGCCCGAUCUGUCUAUCACCGGCAAUGCAUCCAAGCAGCAGAUUAACCAUAUCGCUGAAUCAUGCGAAAUCGCCUUUUCGUCGGUACCGGCAGGAAAACUCGCCAAACGCCUCACACUCGAUCCUUCCUUUAGCAUACCUUUCUCCAAGGCCCUGGAGAGCGAUACUGUCCUGGCAAGUGUACCUCCGUACCUUACGGUCACCGCCAAUGAAGCCACUUUCUCCUCGGAGAUUACCUUCUCGGGCUACCUGCACUACGACUUCUGGGCCUUCAAGAUGCGGCAACUCCACUUCGAUAUCGAUGCGGGCUUUUCCGCAGAUAUGGCCAUUACCGCGAAUGUCGCCGCUGCCUACGACAAGUCCUUCACCUACGCGCCCUCGGAUCUCACUUACACCCUCGUUAAUGUCCCGGGCAUUGUACAGCUUGGUCCCGGCGUAGCCUUCGGUGUGGGGGUGGACAUCAGCGCCUCCACCGCCGUUGACGUAACGGCGGGUCUGUCUAUCUCAAUGCCCGAUGGGAAUGUCCAUGUCGACCUGCUGAACAGUGUCAAUACCGUGUCCAGCGGAUGGACGCCUUCGUACAAGCCACAUGCCAACAUCUCAGCGCAGGCCGAUGUUCGCGCCGACGCCACCGCCAGCGUUACGGUUGAGAUGGCAGUGAACUUUCUAGGAGGCCUCAUCGACCUAAGCAGUGGGUUGACAGCGAAACCGGGAAUUGCGAACACAUUUUCGCUCGAUGCCCAUUAUGAUACGGAGGCCACGAAAAUCAACACGCUCUCGAAGACGAGCCGGGACUCGCACAACGAGACCAGCUCGUGCGAUGAAGGCGUGAGCUGGAAGUCAGAAUUUCUCUUCAGUCUUGAUGCCUUUGUAACAAGGUCGUGGAGCAGGACGCUAGUUGACUUGGGAAUCCCGCUAUUGGAUGUCUGCUAUCAAUUUUAAGGGCAUCACCUUCCAGUUUUCCCGGUUUCUUCUUGUGGAUUUUGGAGAGUCGUGAUAACCACCUUCCCAAUGCCGUUAGCCCACAGCCCACGUGGUCGCAUUAAACCCUUACAAGCCCUCCUUCAGACAACUUCAACGGUUGUGUGAUUAUGGUCGUAUAUUUAUAUCUAUAUCUAUUCAUAUACUAUGUAUUGUUUCACGUUAUUUCUUUUUUCGGUUGGACCAAGGCAACCUUCUGCAAGGGACACCCUGCUUCCUCCACACCAUUUAGUCGGGGUUCCGAUUCCUCCGUGUUGCAUCAAUUCGGCUAGCGAUGAAAUACUAGUCCAGCACUAAACUAGUCAUUUUCAAACGAAGGAUCCAUUCCAAUGUCACCUUCUCUA